AUGCUCGGCUGCGCCCUCGAGAGCCGCGAGGCGGUUUUUGCGGCGCUCAGCUUCUCCGCCGCUUCCGGCUCGCUGCUCAUCAUCAACAAGCUGUGCAUCCACGCGAUUCCGGCUCCGUCCUUCAUCGCGACGAUACAGUUCGCCGUCUGCACCCUCUUCUGCCUCUUCCUCCGCACCAGCGGCCUCGCCGCCGUCGAUGGGUUUGAGAGGGAGAAGGUGCGGCCGUACCUCGCAUACACGGGCAUGUUUGUGUGCACCAUCUACUGCAACAUGAAGGCGCUGCAGAACAGCAACGUCGAGACGCUCAUCGUCUUCCGCGCCUGCUGCCCCAUCGUCGUCUCGCUCCUCGACUACCUCUUCCUCGGCCGCGAGCUGCCGUCUGCGCGCUCCUUCGCCUCGCUGCUGCUGCUUGUGCGCUCCCUCCGAGCGGCAGGCGCCUUAAGGCUCUGGGUCGGCGCGUACUUUUGCAUCCUCUCGGUGCUCGGCGUCGCCAACAAGAUGGUCACUGUGCUCGCCAACUUGCUCAUCUGGGACAAGCACGCCUCGCCCGCGCCGCCGCGCGAGGCGGCAGGGUACGCGCGGCUGCCGACCACGGUGGCGAGGAGCCCCUCGCCGAGCGAGGCAAAGGGGCCAUCCCGCGUGAGGCGGGCCUUCCCGGGCGAGGUCAAGUGA